GGGAGGGACCAGAAUCCGGAGGUUUGGGAGCACAGUGCCCCUGUACCGAGCCCUGAGCUCUCAGGCCUCGGCAAACCUCCCCUCACGACAGCCUCACAGUUGCCGCUGUGAGCCUGGGGGCUGUUGCCCAUCUUAGGGAUGAGCAAGGGGAGGCUGCAGUUAGGACACGGCUCCCGGUGCCGAAGACUGGUGAAGCAGCAGAGCUUCCUGAAGGCAAAGCUGCAUGAGGUCUGUCUGAGUGGACCUCGGCCUCCCCCGGGGAAUGAGAUCAACCACGGGAAAAGAAAUAAGGAAUACCACGUCAUCACCAAGAUCAUGCUGCUCCAGGUGGCUGCCGAGAAUUACAGCCUAGAGCCCGAGGAUCCUUUUUGGGCCUGGUUCCAGGCUAUGGAGCCGCUCAGCGAGGCUGAGAGCUACACCCUGUCCUGCCAGCUGGAGCCCCGGUCCUAGCUGGUCAGAAGCACUCAAGAAGAACAACUGGCCGCAGUCAACCUCAGGGCUGAGCAAGUGUCCAGUGGCCCUGCAGGGAUUCCUCAGCAGCUGCGUACUGGCGGUCCGUGCACCCCGUGUGCUCCACACCCCUUUCCCCCAUCUAUUUCCUUAUGUAGGGGGCACCAUUUAGUUGUUUUAAAGAGUUAUGUGAUAGAUUUGCAUAUUAGGAGAUUAAAGCCCCUGUUUUGUUUUAGAG